UCGUCUUCUGAACUAGAAAAAAUCAGGAAAAAAAAUCAUCUUCCUCACCAGCCCUUCCCUUUCUUUCCCUUUACUUAGUUCCCUCACUUCUCAGAUCCAAUCAAAGUUUGAAACUUUAAAAUUAAACCUAACUAAAACAGAUUUUGAAUCGACCCCUCUCUCUCUAACGAGCAAUUAUUGUUAAUAUUCCUUAAUAUUUUCUAAUUUAUAUAAAGCAAAAAGCCCAUUUUUUCCCUUUUUCUUUGGUCCCUCAUUUCGAAGCUUAGCUUUGGGGAUUAGCUUUGGCUAGCAUUUUCAUUUUCAGAGAAAAGAGAGGAAAAAAAAUAAGGGCUGAAGGAAUGGCGACGCGAGGGAGUAGAUCGGAGAAGGUGAAGAGGAUUUUUCAGCAAUUCGACAACAACCGUGAUGGGGGUCUCAACAGGGACGAAAUGGCAGCGUUGGUUGUCGCCGUUAAUCCCAGGGUGAAAUUCAGCGACGAACAGAUCAACGCUAUCCUCGACGAAGUCUUCCGGACAUACGGGGAGUUCAUCGACGGCGAAAGGGGCUUAACUUACGACGGGUUGUUGAGAACUUACGACGACGGAGCUGGUGACGUCGACCGUGACUUCGACGCGCUGGGUCUCGAUCUCAAUCCCGACGAGACCAAAGGCGCCUCGAUAAUUUGCGAGGCGUCUUCGUCAAUUGCGGAUGAGAGAGUAACGGAGUCGCAGAGGAAGCAACGGACGGCGGCGUGGGCGGUGUCCCCGCACCACGACAUAGUUUUCGACGACACGUGGAAGCUCGUCGACGAGUUGGAAAUUCUGUUGAAGAGAUUGAAAUCAAGGCAAGCGAAAGAUGGGAAAUUUAAAAACGACAACUUUGAUGCGUAUUCGGAUGCCGGUUGGUCAAGGGAAUUAGGUCCCUCUGCAGAGCUCUCGGAGAAAAGGGUAUAUUGGGAAGAAUCAGGACCUGAUUACGCCAUUUUUGUCAAAGAAUUGGGAGCUUUAAGAAGUAGAGCCGAUGGAGCAAGGUCAAGAGAAGAAGCAUUUGAUGGACAAAUGGCCAUUGGAAGGGUAUUGUACGAGCACCAAUUGUUUAAAGAAGCUCUGAUUAGUUUCAAAAGGUCUUGUGAAUUGCAGCCAACUGAUGUGAGGCCACAUUUUAGAGCUGGAAAUUGUUUGUAUUUGUUGGGGAAGUGUAAAGAAGCUAAAGAUGAGUUUUUGUUGGCAUUGGAAUCAGCUGAGACAGGUGGGAAUCAAUGGGGUUACUUGCUUCCUCAAAUUCAUGUCAAUCUUGGGAUUGCUCUUGAAGGAGAAGGUAUGGUUUUAAGUGCUUGUGAGUACUACAGGGAGGCUGCUAUUCUUUGUCCUACACAUUUUAGAGCCCUGAAACUUUUGGGUAGUGCUCUUUUUGGGGUUGGGGAAUAUAGGGCAGCUGUUAAGGCUUUAGAAGAGGCUAUUUUCAUGAAACCAGAUUAUGCCGAUGCACAUUGUGAUUUGGCUUCGGCUUUGCAUGCUCUCGGUGAGGAUGAGAGGGCCAUUGAGGUUUUCCAGAAAGCUAUUGAUUUGAAUCCAGGUCAUGUUGAUGCUUUGUAUAAUCUAGGUGGUCUUUACAUGGAUUUGGGUAGGUUUCAGAGAGCUUCCGAGAUGUACACUAGGGUUUUAGCGGUGUGGCCGAAUCAUUGGCGGGCACAGCUCAACAAGGCUGUUUCUUUGUUGGGGGCUGGAGAAACUGAAGAAGCUAAGAAAGCUUUGAAGGAGGCUUUAAAAAUGACGAAUAGGGUUGAGUUGCAUGAUGCCAUUUACCAUAUGAAACAGUUGCAGAAGAAGAAGAAGGUAAAGAGUAAUGGUGGUGCAAAUGGAGAAGGGGCUUUUGUUGUAGUGGAGCCAUCAAAAUUCAAGACGGUGGGUGAGAAGACUACAUUGAGGCAGGAUUUAGGAAAUGCUAUUCAGAUUAGGGCUUUCCAGAGAAUUACUAGAUUGAGCCGGUGCGAUGUAGAUCUUUUGAAGAAGGAAAUUAGUGAAACUGAUGUGCCAAUCUCCUACUCUGGUGGUGGAGCUCCUCAGAAAUCCAUUCGCAAGCCUAAUUUGGAAGAAACUCUACGCAGAUUACUUCAUUUUCUAAAACCCGAAACCUUUCAAGGUGCUGUCAAAGCUAUAAAUGAGAGAAUCCUCUCUGUCUUGGAUGAAACUGAAUCAGGCAGGGUGGACUUGGGCAUGUUUUAUGCUGUUCUUGCCCCCAUCUGUAAUGGACCUCCAGAUAAACGAAAAAGGAUUGCCUUUGAUGCACUCUUAUGGCGGCCAGUAAACGAAGGGGGUUCCCAGAUUAGAAAGGUGGAUGCUGUACAGUACAUUAAACUUUUGAGGGCUAUUUAUGUUCCUGCUCGUGGAAUUAGUGAAAUGCUGGAAGCUCAUGGAGAAACGGAUUCCUCAAUGGUAUCUUUCAGUGAAUUUCUUGCCAUGUUCGAUGAUCCAGAUUGGGGAUUUGGUAUCAUGUCCACUCUCUUGAAGUUAGAAACCGGAGAUAGGAACCGUCAUGGACGCCAGGUUUGCUCAGUUUGCCGUUACCCGGUCAUUGGUUCUCGGUUUAAGGAAGUGAAGUCUCAUUUCAGUCUAUGUAAUCAAUGCUACAGCGAGGGCAAAGUUCCCCCUAGUUUUAAACAGGAUGAAUAUAAAUUCAAAGAGUACGGAAGUGAAGCCGAAGCGAUGAAAGAUAAGUGCAUGUGCUUUACCUUGCAAUCCCACAAAGCUCCAUAACUAGUCGGUUUAAAAUCUUUUUUUGCUUAUCAUGUACCAUUCCAUUUUGUUAUUUUAGUCGCUCAGUGUGCAUUGUGCAAUAUAUAUAUAGUUCAUCAAACUUGUUCAGUGAGAGCAUCAUGCUCGUGUACAAUAAACCGUUUCCGAGCGAUGUUUCUGAUAUAUCCCGGUGAAAAA